AUGCCAGUAUUUACAGCAAAUAUUCCAGGGGUACUUAAAAUUGGAGACAGGAUUGAAAUUGGCGGUAGAAUAAAGGAAAAUGCCAGAAAGAUGUCCGUAAAUCUUUGUGCUCAAGAAGGUGAAGAGCCACGGGAUGUAGUGCUGCAUUUUGACGUUCGUUUCCAUCGUGACAAUAUUAUAUCUCUAUCUCGUAGAAAUGGAGUCUGGAUUGGUAGCGGGAACUUAGACACAAAUUAUAAUAUGUUUGUGCCUGGCACGGUAUUUAGAAUAAUCUUUGAAGUUAAAGAUACAGAUGUCAUAACGAUAUAUUGCCAGGGGAAAUUUCAUUCUAAUUUUCUGCCUAAGAUCCCAUUAACUAUGGCACGUUACCUCGUCGCUUGGGCAGAUGUGGAGAGAGUGACACAUUGCUACUUUCAUAUGACUGGAAAGGGCAUCGGAGAUGAAGCACCAGAGCCUAUUAUUAAACCAUCUCAAUCUCCACGUCUUGGGGUUGCUCCCGCAUUGGUUGGAGAGGCUAAGAGAUGCCCAAGAAUCCAUAAAAAACCAUCUCCAGGUUCUCCUCAAAUUCAUUCUUCGAAUGAAAGUUCUGAUGAUGAAAUAAAAUCAAGAAAAGAAGGCCGCGCUGACAAAUACUUUUAUGAUGCUUUAAUGUGUCAACCUCCCGAGCCAAAAUUUGGUUUACCAGAAAUGAAAUAUCGUGAGCAUAGAAAUAAACCAGAAUUCAGUAGAAAAUAUAAAGAAUAUUCUGAUACAGAAAAAAAUGAUACAGAUAUAUCUGAAGAAGUUGCAUCAAAAAACAUGGAUUCAUCUGUGGCAGAAUCACAAGAUUUCUUGCCGGAACUAGAUUUAAAAAAACGUGUAAUUAGACGCGGGAAGUUUGCGCCGUUUGCUCAAGUUGUAAAUUUUAUGGGGAAAAACGGGAGGAGAAAU